AUGAUAUCCACAAUGGUGGAGAAAAUUGAUGGUAAUUGAGAAGAAGAAAUCACCAUAAUAUGGAAGCAGCCAAUAUAUUUGGUUCCCAAUCUCAUACAAACAUAGGACUUCGUUCAAAUGCUGGACUUCCACAGAAGUUAUUUGCGGAGGCGAUUGGGGCUUACGUGAUAAUAUUUGCAUGGUGUGGAUCAGUAGCAAUGUAUAAGCUACAGGAUGAUGAGAGCAUAACGUUUGGAGGUAUAAACAUGACAUGGGGAGCUGUUGUUAUGGUCAUGGUUUACUCCAUGGCACAAGUUUCAGGAGCUCAUUUUAAUCCUGCUGUAACUCUCAUUUUCACCGUCUUUCGUCGCUCCCCCUGGAAAUUAGCACCAGUGUACAUAAUAGCUCAACUAAUUGGCUCAAUUCUGGCAGGCGUUACUUUAGCACUAUUGUUGGAUGUAAACCCCAUAGUUUAUUUUAAGCAUUUUCCUAAAUUGGGUUGAAAAAUAACCCCCAAUUUAAUAUUUGGGUUCAAAAAGUAAGUAUUCUAAUGAUAAUGAACUAUAGUUUACCUCACAAGCA